AAGCGAAGCGGCAAAGAACCAUAAUCUAUUUGCUUUGUUUUUUUUUUGGCCGGGGGAGCAAAAGUUGUUGAGUUGUUCCCUGCCAGCUCAUGGAUUAGAUAUAAAUAACAUGUCCAUCAUGACAGAGUGUCUAAUCCACACACACACACACACACACACACACACACACAUCAUCAUCCAGUGGGUUUUAUAGUGCAACUUCGUUUCUACUCUUCAGAAUAACCAGCCCUUAUCCGCCAUGACUGCUGUCCCUAUUCCCCGUGUAUCAGCAACCGAUGAUCCGGAGCGAAUCACCCAAGUCCUACGUCAAGCCGGCGCCCUCAUUGUCGAAGGUCUUUUGUCUAGAGAUCAGGUCCAGGACUUGAACAACGAACUUGACAAACCGUUAGAGGCUAUCAGUUCGGGCUCCAAGCACAAUGUUGACCUAAUCAAAGAGUUUCACGGCAGCAACACCAAGCGCCUCACAAACGUUACAACCCAUAGCAAAAUCUUCCGUCACCAAAUUAUUGAAAACGAACUGGUCCACGCCGUAGCGGAGAGGGUCUUCCACGAAGACUCUGGAACAUACUGGAUGGGUGCCGCUCAAGUGAUCCAGAUUGGACCUGGAAACAAAGCUCAGCCGCUUCAUCGAGACCAAAGCCAGUACCCAAUUUUCGAUCUUCUGGGCUCGAAGGCGCCGGAGGCGACCAUGAAUUGUCUCAUUGCCUUGACAGACUUUACUGAAGAAAAUGGCGCUACCAGACUUAUUCCCGGCUCUCACCUGUGGGAAGAUUAUUCCGAUCUGGGAUCACCGGACCAGACCCUUCCGGCUGUUAUGAAAGCGGGGGAUGCUAUUCUUAUGAGUGGCAAGACCGUGCACGGUGGCGGGUCGAACAAAACUACUGAUGAGCAGCGCCGUGCCCUGGCAUUCACUUUGCAGUGUAGCUAUUUGACUCCCGAGGAAGCAAAUCCAUUCAUCAUUGGAUUGGAUAUUAUCAAGAGUAUCUCUCCAAGAGCACAGCGGCUUUUGGGCUUCCGCUCGCAAUUCCCGAAGCCCUCGCCCGGUCUAUGGCAGUCGGACUAUUCCGAGAUCGCAGACGUUAUUGGUCUCACAGGAGACGAUCCCGCUCUUGAACGCUUAAGGCAAGGGAUCAACGUGAAUGUCUAGCAGGAAAAUAGGCGCCUCGACGGAUACAAGGAACCAGCAAUGUAGACGGUAAUUCGUCCCGUC